AUGGUCGAAUCAAGAGAGCUGGUCUUCAACGUUGCCUUUACCGUUCCCGUCAAUGACGAUCCUGAAAGCCCCGUCCUGACGCUGGAGGAGUUCUGGCGAGGACUACGACGCGGCGGGGAGAAGCCUUACCUCUUUGCCGACUACGUGGCAGAUACAGAAGUCCUCGGUCGAAAAUCUGAGAAUGAGUUCACUCGAAGACUGAUCAUGGCCGACGGGGCUGUGCACACGGCCAAGGGCGCUGUCCUGGAGCAAAACGUGCGCAACGCGGAGAAUCUCCUGACUGAAGCGAUUACCAUUGAUUCUGGUGCGCGAAGCACAAUGCUCAUCUCGCGUGGAGGCCGAGAGUCGGAUAAACCGACGGACCUGUUUCUGACUGCAGUGUACGAGCUGCAUGUCCCGGGGGUGGUGCCUGAGAGUGACCGCGCCAAGGAGAUUCAGGAAGAGUACUCUUUGUUGGCGCGAGGGGCGGCACGGACUGUUGUGGCCAAGAUUCGAGAGUGGAAGGCGAAUGGCACGCUGGAGCAGUAA